AUGGCAGCUGGAGACCCAACGUUCAAGUUGAUCGGUUUACACCCCGUCUGCGCCGUCCUCUUCACAGCGGGCUACUCCCUCCGUGAGUACGGAGCAUAUCACUACCUCUACAGCGAAACCACCAAGACGCCCCUGAUGGUCUUUGUAUUCAGCCAAGUCUUUAUCUACGUCUGUCCGCCCCUCCUCGAACUCGCAAACUACCACGUCCUCGGCCGUAUCUUCUACUACGUCCCCCACUGCGCACCUCUCCCUCCGUCCAAAGUCCUGACUACAUUCGGCGGCCUCAUGGCCGUUGUCGAGGUCCUCAACGCCCUCGGUGUGGCCCUCUCUUCCAACCCCUCCUCGACGCCCGAGAAGCAGGCGCUCGGCAGCCACCUCACGCUCGCCGCGCUCGGCAUCCAGCUCGUCCUCAUCGUCAUCUUCAUCUGCCUCGCGGCCCUCUUCCACUUCCGCGUCGCCAAGUUCAAGAUCCGGUCCAAAAACGUAACAACAAUGCUGUCCACACUGUACGCGAGCAUGUGUCUGAUCUUCGUCCGGUGCGUGUACCGCCUGGUCGAGCACACGGGCAGCACGAAAGUCGACCUCGACGACAUGGAGGCACUGCGCGGGCUGAGCCCCAUCCUGCGGUACGAGGUCUACUUUUACGUGUUCGAGGCGAGCCUGAUGCUUGUCAACUCGCUGGUCUGGAACGUGUGGCAUCCCGGGCGGUUCUUGCCGCGCGGCCAUCAUGUGUACCUCGCGCGGGACGGCGUCGAGGUCGUGGGGGAGAAGGAUGUCGACGCGAGGUCUCUGUGGGCCAAAACGGCCAACGUCCUCACCUUUGGUAUCUUUUUCCGCAGAAAGAGGACCGUUCGGGGGGAGGGUGUGAAGUUGAGGGAUCGUUCGCCGAGCUCGGUUGGUCGGGGCGAGCAGAGCUCUUCGCUUUUGCCAGCACCCGCUCAAGCGAAGUGA